CUCCGGCACCGGUCACCGGUCGCUGAAGCAAUGGCAGCGGCGGGUGAUUCAGCGGGGCCGGGACCGGCACUGAGGCGGCCGCCGUCCGGGGACCUGCGGAGCGUGCUGAUCACCAGCGUGCUGAACCUGGAGCGGCUGGAUGUCGAUCUGUUCAGGGGCCGGCACCAUUGGGUACCCGCCACGAAGCGCUUGUUCGGCGGGCAGAUCGUGGGGCAGGCGCUGGUGGCGGCCGCCCGCGCCGUGAGACCCGAGGAGCAGAUCCACUCGCUGCACUGCUACUUCGUGCGGGCAGGGGACCCUCAGGUGCCAGUGCUGUACAAGGUGGAACGGACCCGUACGGGAAGGAGCUUCUCUGUUCGUUCCAUAAGUGCCAUCCAGCACGGGAAGGCAAUCUUCACCUGCCAGGCCUCCUUCCAGCUCUCCCAGGAGAGCCCAGUGCAGCACCAGUUCACCAUGCCUUCUGUGCCACCCCCCGAGGAUCUGCUGACGCUAGAGGAGCUCAUCGAGAAGUUCCUGAAGGACCCUAACCUGGCAGAGAAUUACAGGAAACACCUCCACAAGAUCCAAGCAGAAGAUGUGCCGAUCGAGAUCAAACCCAUCAACCCACCAGAUCAAUUCUGCUUGGAGGCACAGGAGCCGAAGCAGCUCCUCUGGGUGCGAGCCCGAGGGCACAUAGGAGAGACUGAUAUGAAGGUGCACUGCUGCGUGGCUGCCUACAUCUCUGACUAUGCCUUCCUGGGCACGGCGCUGCUCCCGCACCGGCAGUACCGCACCAAGUUCAUGGUGUCCCUCGACCAUUCCAUGUGGUUCCAUUCACCCUUCCGAUCAGACCACUGGAUGCUGUAUGAGUGUGAGAGCCCCUGGUCUGGUGGUUCCCGGGCACUGGUGCAGGGACGGCUGUGGCGCAAGGAUGGGGUCCUGGCUGUCACCUGUGUGCAGGAGGGAGUCAUCAGGGUGGAGCCAAUGCCAACGCACAGCAAUCUCUAGCUGAGGAACCUCUGUGAGCUGCAGCCUGGGCACACCAAGGGUGGGACCUCAGGACCCAAGCAGAUGUGGAUGCUGCAGGAGUGCUGGUGGCAGAGGCAUCUGCUGUGACCAACUGCCAGCUGCACAGCACAUAAUUGCACACUACUAUCAGCCUUAAAUAAAAUC